UGAAACAGAUGAAAAAGCAAACUCAGUCUCAGUCUGUAACAUUGUUCAACGAAUCGCCGCAAACAACAACAACAAUCACAUCAACCAAUAAAAUAAGGAACAAAAACAAGCAAAAACUAAUUCCAUGAUAAUCAACUUUAAAAUAUUGUUUUCAUUGUGCGUAAAUGGACAACAAUUUACCAGGAAAUUUAUCAAUCACCAAUAAUCAAUGAAAGAGACGGCAAAACAAAAUUGAAAGCAAAUCAAACAAACCAGAAACUGAUGUAAAAAGCCGACUCGCCAAGUUGCAAUUUUCACCACCAGGAAUCGCUGCAUCAACUUGUCGCCAAAUUAUUUUCAAUCAACAAUUUGAUUCCUCAAACAAAGGCAAUCAUGAUGAACCGUAAACAAGGCUUAACAAGUUGAUCAACUUUUUGUUUCCCAAAUUAAUGGUUAAACAAGGCAUGGUUGCUGUUGGUUGGUAAACACUUGUUAUUAAUUGAGUCGACCAUCGAUAAUUGUACUUUGGAAAAGGACGAAUCUCGAUUGGAAUUUUUUUUCUUCGUUCAACUUUUCAGAUUAGUUUUGCUUUUUUUUUGGUUGAAGGAAAAGAGAACUGGAAAAAGGCUUUGUUUUGCUGCAAUAAAAUGAUUGAUUCAUUGAAUAAUAUGGAUUACAAGGAAAAACUGUGCGAUCAUAUUUCAACUGAAUCAACAUCAAUUGUUUCACCUGGUUUGGUCAACAAUGCACGUGAAAAUGUAGACAAUAAUGGCAAUUGUGAAAGUGAAUUACGAAAAGGUGAAGGAAACGAUAAAUUUUCAAGUGAAAUGAAAACUCAAGUUUCCGAAGAUUCAAGUGUAAACAGCAUAUCCAAUGAAACCAAAGACCUUCUCAUAACCAUGAAAAUAUUUUGCAAAGCAUUUCCAUUUCAUUUUAUCUGUGAUUCAAAUUUACAAAUUGUCCAAUUAGGUGAAGGUUUACUUCGAAUAUUUGGAGGUGGAAAUCGAGCCUAUGGAACUCAUAUUUCAAGCUAUUUUAGCUUCCAAAAGCCUGAAAUUAAUCAAGUCAAUUAUCAAUCUUUGGUUACACUGGCCAACAUACCAUUUAUCAUUAAAGUUUUAGACCCAGAACCGGAAGCAAAGCCAAAGAAUCUUGAACUUAAAGGUCAGAUAAUAACUUGUCCCGAGUCGUUUUGUCUUCUUUUUUUGGGUUCACCGGUUGUUGAUGGACUAGAGUCUUUGACCAGUCGAGGUCUCUACUUGUCAGAUAUUCCCAUUCACGAUGCAACUCGAGACAUUAUUUUGGUUGAGGAACAGUCUCGAGCUCAGGAGAGUUUAAAGCGACGAAUGGAUAAACUUCGGGAAUCGAUUCAGCAAGCCAAUGAAGCUGUUGCCAUGGAAAGAAAGAAAAAUGUUGAUCUAUUGAAUCUCAUUUUUCCCGCUCAAGUGGCUAAAAAGUUGUGGCUUUCAGAGCAGGUUGAGGCUCAACAGUAUGAUGAUGUUACGAUGCUCUUUUCCGAUAUUGUUGGGUUCACUGCCAUAUGUUCAAAUGCAACUCCAAUGAUGGUCAUCAACAUGUUAAAUGCUCUUUACACUCAAUUUGACAGUUUUUGCGGUGAAAUUGAUGUUUACAAGAUUGAAACGAUUGGUGAUGCGUACUGUGUAGCUGCUGGACUUCAUCGACCAAGCGACAUUCAUGCUCAGCAAGCUGCUUGGAUGGCACUUAAAAUGAUUAAUGCAGUUAACACUGUUUUAUCACCAACUGGAUUACCACUUCAGAUGAGAAUUGGUCUGCACACAGGAUCAGUCUUGGCUGGUAUAGUUGGAAUCAAAAUGCCUCGAUACUGUUUAUUUGGAAACAAUGUUUCCCUUGCAAACAAAUUUGAAUCUCAAAGUGAACCGAUGAGAGUCAAUAUAAGUCCAACUACUUACAGACUUUUAAGCAGCCGUCCUGGAUUCAAGUUUACUGAGCGUUCUCGUGACUGUCUUCCACCUGGAUUUCCUCCUGAAAUACCUGGCAAUGGUUAUUUUGUGGACGACUAUAAGCAUUCAGGUGUCGAUGCAAAAGAAUCCUUAGCGAAGCACAUUGGCCAAGCUUUGAUCGAUAAUCAGUUGACUUUUGAAAACAUUCAACUGCAAACUCAAGAGGUUAUUAAUAAGAUUGCAGAGACGAAAGGAGUUGCCGUUGAAAAUAUAAUGGCGAUUCGAGUUGAAGAUACAGUUAUGGAAUGCAACAAAAAUUUGAAGGCAACUUCAUCAUGCUCAUCAUCAACAUCUUGUGGGACCAAUAAAGCCAAUAAUAACGACAACAAGGUCAACAGUGAUUCAAAGGAAAACAAUAAAAGUGACAAUAAACUGGACAAUUCAACAAUCGAAUCAAAUUUUGAUGAAAUGAAAAGUUCAAUGUCGAGAGGGAAAACAUCGCGAACUGGUUGUCCAAUGUUUUUCAAGUGAUGAAAAGUAAAGAGUGAAAAGUGCGCAAUAAAAAGUGGAAUAAAACUUUUUUUUAUCCUCAACCCAUUAACCAAUAAAGAAUCCAAAAGUUAUAUUAAUAUAUAUAAAUAAAUGUAUAAAAGUUAGCGAUAUUAUUGAUUAUCGAGAAGCAAAAUAAACAUCAAAUUGCACAUUAAAUUGAAUAGAUUUUAGCAUUUUAUGGAUUACUUUAAAUUUUUUGUUUAAAACCUUUUCUCGAUCAGAUGAAAGAUUGUUUCGAUUUGAGAGUUGAUUAUGCCAAUGAAUCCAUUUAACUCGUCUAUUAAUGCGUACUUACUUUCAAUGUUAUCGCUGCACUCGAAUGAACCCGAACUGUGUUCAAUGUAAUCACAAAUGUUGAUAUUGAAAGACAAAUAAAGAUCAAAGUAUUAAUUAA